UUUAGUUUCAGGCUGUUCGAAGCCUACUGUGUUCGCUUCUCUCUCUCCUCUCUCUCUCUCUAUCGUUCCGAUUCGCAGAGGUUGAAAACCCGAUCGAUCCUGCUCAGUCCUCCCCACGCUCGGAGCUCUCCGAAUCCGUCAGUGCUCGGCCGGGCCCGUUGCUCGUGGAGCUCACCGCCCUCAAUGCCCCCGCGCGGGGAUUCGCCUUUCCUCUGAUCGGCCGAUUGCGAGAGACGGCAGUGGUAUAGGUCUCCUUCGGUUCUGACGAAUGGCAUCGGCGCAGAACCAGGCGCCGAGUGCGGAUCUCUUCGAUUCGUAUUUCAGGAGAGCCGAUUUGGAUCGCGAUGGCCGUAUCAGUGGCGCGGAGGCCGUCUCCUUCUUCCUGGGGUCCGGCUUGCCCAAGCCUGUGCUUGCUAAGAUAUGGGAUUACGCUGACCAGAACCGGACUGGUUUCCUUGGUCGGCCAGAGUUCUAUAAUGCUCUUAAACUUGUAACUGUGGCACAAAGCAAGCGGGAACUGACUCCUGAAAUUGUAAAGGCAGCAUUGUAUGGCCCCACUGCUGCUCAAAUCCCAGCACCGCGGAUUAACCUCGCUGCUGUACCUGCGCCUCAGUUGAGUACUGCUGGCUCAGCUCCUGCUGCGCGACCUGGGGCUGUUGCUCCAAUGCCUUCCCAAAGUGUUGGAUACAGAGGACCGCCAGUGCCGACAAAUUCAAACCUGACCCAGCAGCAUUUUUCUCCUCAAGGAAGUCAGUUAGUGAGGCCUCCUCAAGCAGCAUCUGCUUCUUCAUCACAGCCAACUCACAUUAUUCCAGCACAAGGGUUUUCUGGUGCUGGGGGCGCUGUUCGUCCAAAUUCUUCUGGUGUUGCAGGUGAUUGGUCUACUGGAGCCCUUAGUGUUCCUUCCAGUGGCUCUAUGCCACAGGUCCCCAACCGAGGAUUUGGCCCCUCAGCAACACAGAGUGGACCUGAAUUUGCAUUAACAGCCCCUAAAGCUUCUUUGCCACCUAGACCACAAGCACCAUCUGGGAUGAUCCCACCCAAGCCACCUGUUAAAGAUGCCAAACAACAGGAUAUUUCCAGGAACGGAUUUGCUUCUGACUCAAUCUUUGGCAGUGAUGUUUUCUCUGCAAGUCAAUCUCAACCUAGGCAGGGGUCUGCCACAGGGAAUGCACCCUCUUCGGCUAUGCAGCCUCCUGCUUCAACAAAUGGCUUCGAUUCCUUGCAGAGUAAAUAUGCUAUGCAGCCGGGUGGCAGUCAGCAACAGCCAGCUCAUGCUCCCGUAAAACAGGGAGCUCAGGGCCCUAAUCUGACUCCUUCCUCAUUACCUUCCUCCGGUAACUCACAAGUGUCACAGAAUUAUACUUCCAGCCAGUCACAGAUACCAUGGCCAAAAAUGACUCAGACUGAUGUUCAGAAAUAUAUGAAAGUAUUUGUUGAAGUAGACACGGACAAGGAUGGGAAAAUUUCUGGCGAACAGGCACGGAACCUGUUUCUAAGCUGGAGGCUUCCUAGAGAGGUUUUAAAGCAAGUGUGGGACUUAUCAGAUCAGGAUAAUGAUAGCAUGCUUUCUCUCAGGGAGUUCUGCAUUGCACUUUAUUUAAUGGAAAGACAGAGAGAAGGGCACCCUCUUCCAUCAGUGCUCCCAAGCAAUAUCGUCUUUGAUUUUCCUGCUGGCAAUCAGCCGGCAAUGGGAUAUACAAGUGCAGGCUGGGGACCUACAUCUGGUUUUCAACAAAAACAAGUGAUGCAUGGCCAGCAUACACCAACUGCAACCAGAGGGAGGCCUCCACUUCCCCCUGGCAGUGGCCCUUCUGUGGAUGGUGAAACUCAAGCUAGUCAGAAAAAGUCAAAAGUUCCGGUACUGGAGAAACACCUUGUGGACCAACUCAGUAAGGAGGAGCAGAAUUCACUGAAUACAAGGUUCCAAGAAGCCAUGGAUGCUGAUAAUAAGGUAGAAGAGCUGGAGAAGGAUAUAUUGGAAUCUAAAGAGAAAAUUGAGUUUUAUCGUGCUAAGAUGCAGGAACUUGUUCUGUACAAAAGCAGAUGUGAUAACCGACUUAAUGAAAUCAUGGAGCGCAUUGCUGGUGAUAAACGCGAGGUCGAGGUCCUUGCAAAAAAGUAUGAAGAGAAAUACAGGCAGACAGGGGAUGUGGCGUCCAGGUUGACUCUCGAAGAAGCUACUUUUCGUGAUAUACAGGAGAAAAAGAUGGACCUUUACCGGGCAAUUCUUGGGAUGGAUAAAGAUGGCGAUGCUGAUGGUACUGUUAAGGAUCAUGCCAAUCGUAUCCAGUCUGAUCUCGAUGAUCUAGUGAAAUCUCUCAACGAGCGAUGCAAAAGCUACGGAUUACGUGCAAAACCUACCUCACUUGUCGAGCUCCCAUUUGGCUGGCAGCCUGGCAUCCAAGCAACAGCUGCUGACUGGGAUGAAGAUUGGGAUAAAUUUGAAGACGAAGGUUUCACAUUCGUCAAGGAGCUCACUCUUGACGUACAAAAUGUGGUGGCACCUCCAAAAGAAAAGUCUAAGCCAACUCCCCAGGAUGAGACAGGUAAAGUCGAGGAGAGUCCGAAAUCUCCCACUGCCUCACCUCAUGCGGAAGAUGCAAAGUCAGAGAAGCCUUCUAGCGUGGAUGAACAUGGGGUGGUGGAGAACGGAGUGCAUCAUGAUAAAAGCAAAACUGGUGAGUCUCCGAGAUCUGCACCUGGCUCUCCCAGAGCAAGAAGUUCGAUUGGGAGCGCCCCUCCUAAAGAGGACUUCCCGGAUUCUGGCUUUGGAAAGACUACCAGUGCUGAAACAUCCGUAUCAUUUGACAAAGAAAAGCCAAGUGAUCACGAGGCUGCAGAAUCUGUCUUUUCUGGUGAUAAGAGUUUUGACGAGCCAUCAUGGGGAACAUUUGCCAAUGAUGAUGUUGAUUCCGUGUGGGGCUUUAAUGCUGUUAGCAAGGAAACUGACAAUGACAAACUCAAAGAUGAUUACUUCAUUGGAGGCUUAAAUCCAAUCAGGACAUCUGCCGAGCCUAAUUUCCAGAGGAGGAGCAUCUUUGACGAAUCUGUUCCUAGCACCCCAAUGACAAACGCAGGCUUCUCACCAACCUAUAACAAGGAGGGUGUGUCAGGGCCGGGGCCUUUCUUUGAUAGCUCCUUUAGGUCUGAUUCCUUCAACAUUCAUGACGGCGGACUCUUUCCCCAGCGGGAGACCUUUAGUCGAUUCGACUCUAUGCGUAGCACCAAAGACUAUGACCUUGGUCAUGGAUUCCCCUCAUUUGACGACUCGGAUCCCUUUGGCUCAGGCCCAUUUAAGACAUCCUUUGGGGAAACACCACGGAGGGGCUCCGAUAUUUGGAGCGAGACCCCAAGAAAUGUAGUUAAUUUUGGCGAGACCCCCCGAAGUACGUAUAAUUUUGGCGAGACCCCCAGAGGUACUUACAAUUUUGGUGAGACCCCCAGAGGUACUUACAAUUUUGCCGAGACGCCCAAAAGUACUUAUAAUUUUGCCGAGACCCCCAGAAGUACCUACAAUUGGGGGGAGACCCCGAGGAAAAGUUCGGAGCCUUGGGGGGAGACAUCGACGAGAGCUUCAGAUAAUUGGGGCGAGACUCCAAGAAGUUCAGACAAUUGGGGAGAGACUCCAAGAAGUUCAGACCCUUGGGGAGAGACACCGAAAAAAGGUUCUGAUAAUUGGAGAGCGUUUUAGCGGAUUAGUGUUACAGAGCCACACUUUUGAGUUCAGCAUUUUCUGGGAUCUUCAGUUUCCGAGUGUGUGAUUUGUUCAUCCUAGUGCAUCAAGAUUCUCGUGUGCUAUGUUACUCUUUCUCCUGCAACCGGCCAAAAUGCUUAUAGUGUAUUGUAAUGUAUCAUUUUUUGGUGCAUCUCUCGCCUAUUACUAGUUCUUUCCUCCCUUCUUUUCCGGUUGUAUUCGGUGAAAAUCCUGGCAGCUCGAUAGGUUCUUGCUUGGCCUGCAUUUUGUAUUUCUUCAGGAUGAGGAACUCUGGAUAUUCUUUGUUACAUGAAAUUAUCACGGUUGUGUACCUAAUUGCCAUGGUGAUGUUUGAUUGUAUGGAAUAACAGAAUCUGCUUUGUUAGAUCUUUUCAGCAUUGUUUUGGCUAUAGAACUAAUGUAUAUGCAACAGAUGUUAUUA